CCCCCUGCGCGGGACCGGGCAGGUCUGGGGGAGGGGCUGGCUCGGGAGCCAAGGCUCCCAGAGCAUUUAAACAAGGAGGGUUUUGAGUCAUUCCAGCACCUCUUAGUUUCCUACGAAACCGUGUUCUCUAUCUCCACCCCCCACAUUUAUGUUAAGGGAAAAGAAAACACAAUAUGAUAACCUGCAUUUGUACGCACAACACUGAAGGCGUGAGCAUCAGCUCUUAAUUCCCUGCCCUUCCCCCUUAAGUGCCGAGGGAGUGGGGAGUUCACUCUGUUCCCGGCCUGUUCUCUGGGCACCUCUCGCCAUCUCAUUAAAUAGCAGUUACUCAGACUCUAAUUAGGAACUCCUAAUGGGUGCCAGCGCUGCCCUUGAGCCUUUUAUCCUGAGCUAAUGGCGUCCUAUUAUUAGAAUUCUCCUCUCCACACCCCAAAAACCACAGAAGCCAGCCUUCCCCUGCCACCAGAUUUGCUCCCGGGAUGGCCCUUGCCUGCAAAUUUAUGGUAAUUGGCGUUGGGAGCCUCUCUUCUGGGGAUAACUAAGCAAAAAUUUUAAUGAGAUAGGAAGUCUCUUGACCUUUUAGUGUCGACUGCACAGAUAUUGCUGGUAAUAUAAUUAGAACAGAAUGAGCAAAAUUGUAAGAUGUUGCUUGUGUUUAAGGCAAUCUCGGUUUGGGAAGGGAGAAAAAAAUAGUGCGGAUGUCUGCCCGAGACUACAUGCUUGCAGGGAGAUUUUGUAUACGAUCCUCUGGCCUUUUUGCUAUCUGGGCAUCCCUUCAGGGAAGGCCCAGCCUUGACUCUAGAAGAAUCUGGAAGAGUGGUGAGGCCCUGGCCUCAUCAAUGAAUGUCUUCGCACACAGUCCCCACUGCUUCCGUUUCCACCUCCUUAAGUCCCGGUACAAACGGCGGUGGGAAGGAAAAGGUCUCUUUUUAGCUUAAAAUACACCUUUGGAGUCUUUGUUCCUGUUCCGGAAAAACAGAGGUUCUCCAAGCUCUGAACGCCUCCAUCUGGAAUCAUAUUUCUGUUGUUUUCUGAAUGCCAACAGCAUAAAUUGCUCAGUAAUAAUAGCUUUGCAGAGAAUCUGGAAUCACUUAGGCAGCUGUAAUGCCCCCGAGCCUCCCUACAUCUGAGCUUUGUGACCCGAGAGGACUGUGGCUUCAUUGGGCUUCAGAGGCGCCUGCGACGCCGUCCGCUUGCAGGGCAGAAAGCCCCCGUGUCAUUUCACACAUCUUCCCCUGGUGACUCAGGAUAAGAUCUGCUCUUCUCUGGAGUUCAAGGGAUUAUUGUCUCCACCGUGGCCCUGAUUGGAGUUUUUCUCUUGCAGUUAUUGUAAUUAUGUUGAAAUUACAGUGUUGGUACCCAGCACAUAUUUGCAAAAUAGUUCACAAAGAGCAGCAAUAACUUUCGUAAUAAAAUUAAAACUUCUAGGAGUUUAUCUUUUGCCAAGAACCUGGCUCCUGCUGGAACCGAUAUUAAAAUAAACAGUGCCUUGGAAAUUGAAGCCAUUCUCUGUCUUAUGCAAUGUUUGACCAAUUAAAAAUUAAUUUCCUCCUUUCACAAAUAUUUACUGAGUACCUUCCGUGGGUCAGGCACAAUUCUAGAGGCGGUGAUGAAUGAAGUAGACCCAGUCCCCCAAUCCCUUGCAGCCUAGACGCUAACGAGAUAAAAGUCAGUAAACGUGACCGUGUGAAUUCUUGUGUAGUAACAGAUCAAGACAAGUAUUCUGAAGGAAAGGAUUAAACCAUGAAAGCACAUAACAAGGAAGUGUUGAGUUGAGAUCUGAAGGGUGAGAAGUGGCAAAGGAGGAUGGUAUAGUGAGGUCUCGGGGGAAUCGUGUGCAAAGGCCCUGUGGUGAGGACUAGGGCACACUGGAAAACUGAAGGAAGGCCAGAGCAGAGAGUCGUAAUUUGUAACUUCAUAUAAUUUUGUUAUUGUGAUAUUUCAUUUAUGCAAAUUGAUGGGGCUUCAUACUUUAGGGCUUGAUGGAGUAGGAUAUGGGUUAAUUUUGCAGAGCUGAGAUCUACUGAAUCAUACAGGGAAAUCACCAAAUAAGAUGAUGUAGACGAAACGUUUCAUAAGCUGGUAAGCACAGUGCCAGCGUUAAUGCUGUUAUUACUAUUGUAUUACGAAGUCUUAGGCUGUGAGGUCCCUCGAGUGUGUGAAUGAGGAACCUGCUACGUUUGAGUCACUGCCUUCUCUCGUUUUUACUGUGGCUGAGCCCCCCGUCUGGGCUCUGCACAUUCCUCUUGUCUCCUCUGGUCAGUUUGUCACAUGGUGGUCAGAGCAGUCAUUUACAAACACAGAUCUUACCGUGUUGGGGCGUCAGUGGCUUCCCACUGUCAAAGCUGCACCCCACAAUUCUUCACAUGGGCGCUGAGACCCCAGUGGCUCUGGUUGUCCCACAAACGCCCGCAUGCGCCGCUGUAUGCGAAACCCUAACCCCCACUGCGAUAGUGUUUGGAAGUGGGGCCUCGGGGUGCGCAGGUCGGGAGGAUGGAACCCGCAUGAAUGGGGUUCGUGCCCUUGCGAGAAGACAGGAGUCUGUCUCAACCGUGUGAGGACAGCGGGAAGUCGGCCACCCAGAUGACCCUCACCCAGCCAUGCUGGCUCCCUGAUCUGGGACUUGCCAGCCUCCAGAACUGUGAGAAAUAAGUAUCUGUUGUCGCUGAUGUUUUUGUAUAGCAACGUCAGCAGACUCAGGGUGGCUUUACACGGGAACAAUCUGCUUACAGAUCUGCGGCGUGAGGACCACCGGCGGGCGGUGCGGUACCACUCGGCGGGCGGUGCGGUACGUGGUGGCUUAGAGCCCGCACAGCCUUGAGCUCUGUUGUCUGGGCUCCGGGUGGGGCUGGUUCAGGCAGGCGGGGCCCCUGGAGCCUCUCUGUCUCUCUGCGGCCCCUCCCGGUGCUCUCCCAGCUUGGCCGCUUCAGUGUGCUGGACCUCGUCCACGUCGAGGCUCGGUUCCCAAGGACCGCGUCCUGAGGAGGGAGAGCCGGGGGGAGUCCGCGCCUCCUUUCCCAGACUAGGCGUGGAAGUCCCCCGUGUCACCUCACGGGAGCUCCCGGCCUGCCCAGGUUCAAAGGCAGGGAACGUGGACCUCACCUCCCGUGGCGAGUGUCCUCUCGCGUGGUGAGAAGAUCGUGCUGGACGGGAAACGUCCGUGGGGCCAUCUUUGGAAAAUACCCUGUGCCUCAGCCCACUCUCUGGCCACUAACUUCCUAUUCCUCCCGCGUGCAGUGUCACGACCCCCCCAUCGGGUCCCCCAACCUCAUCCUGUCGUGGCAUCGGGCUCAGACUCCAGCAUCCCGUCACCGAAAUCAGGCCCAGGUGCGCGUGAGCCGUCCUGGCUGCUGGUCAGGAGUGCAGCUUCGUGAACACGCUCUUCACGUGAGGACCCACGCCCCAAGCCACCUGCCCCACACCGGACAUGCAGUGGCAGACGUGUGUGGGACAGAUGCCGCGGGCCCUGGGGCUGGAACCAGCAGGAUGUUCGUACUUGGACAGAGACAGACUCGUUUCUGCUGAGGAACAAGAAGAGUGUGGUGACAACAUAUGGAAACACCUGAUGUUCCACAAAGGAAGAGGCUCCUGACGGAUCCGUGAGGAAGGCCAGCUCUCAGGGCAGUAAUUGUGUUUUUCUAACACCUGGGCAAGUGAAUUAUGGACACCCCCCGGGGGUGAACAGUGCGCACGCAGACGCAUCAGGACUGCUGCUGAUGCUGCGAGGCGAGACUAAUAUAAAUGGGAGUCGUACAAAUAAAAGCUCCGUGGGGGGGCUCUCUACCGAAGCCCGAGUUCAAGUCCCCCUUCUGAAGUUUAGAGACAGCCUGCCUGGGUAGUGUUUGUCCUCGGACCCAGUGAGGAACCCCGGAGUGAUGAACACUGACUCGGAAGGAGGGGGCAUGCCCCGGUGGGUCAGCCGUACCCAGUAGCCCAGUGCUUUGGGGACGGAGCCGCGGAUACCCGGCCGGUGCCUGCGCGGGACCCUCAUCAAAGCAUCAGUGCUGCAGCCUGGGGACCAAGCCACGGAGACCCCGACGCCCGGCUGGCCAGCGAGCGGUAGCGUGCCUGCGGUUCAGCAGCUCAGCUGAGAGUGCAUCUAGGGCCGACCCCCUCCUGCACGCGGGAGAGGGCAGCGCUGUGUGAGCGCCACGGGGGCUGUGGAUGCAGAAGUGAAAUCUGAUCGCGGGCCAGGAAAAGCCUGCGCAGCUAGAGCCCCAGAGGAACCGCCGACCUUGAGUCAGGGCGCGGUCAUGGUGGGCUGCUGAGCGGGGGUCGGGCCGCGGCGGCGGCGAGCGCAGGCGGGCCCAUGGAGAACCCGGUGCCCCCCUGCGCCCUCUACCCCCGGGAGGACCAGGGCCGCGGGGCCGAGGCCGGGGACGCCUUUGCGCAGGGAGCGUGCGGCCAGGCCGGGGACCGGGGCGGCGCUGCCGCGGCUCCGGGAGAGGGCAGCCUGCAGCCACCGGACGCGCAGACACCCUGCAGUCUGAGCGCGUCGCUGUGCUUCAGCUCCGGGGACGACUCCCCGCCGCAGUCUCGCGCCUCCGCGGCGGAGGGCGCAGCGACUCCCCCGCCCUCGCGUCGCAGCGGCCAGCGGGUGGUGGAGAGGCAGUGGGAGGUCGGCAGCGCGGGCGCCGCGUCCCCCGCGGACUCCGCGUCCCCGGAAGAGCCCGCGUCCGCCGAGGAGCGCGCGUCCCCGGAAGAGCCCGGGGAGCCCGCGUCCCCGGAGGAGCCCGCGUCCCUGGAGGAGCCCGUGUCCGCCGAGGAGCCCGCGUCCCCGGAGGAGCCCGCGUCCCUGGAGGAGCCGGCGACCCCGGAAGAGCCCGCGUCCCCGGAGGAGCCCGGGGACCCCGCGCCGGUGCCCCCCGGCGUCGGGCCCGCGCACGGGGAGCCCGACCUGGUCAUCGAGGUGUCCGGCCGCCGGCUGCGGGCGCACAAGGCGGUGCUGGCGGCGCGCAGCGACUACUUCCGCGCGCGCGCGUCGCGGGACGUGCUGCGGGUGCAGGGCGUGGGCUGGGCGGCGCUGCGCCUGCUGCUGGCCUACGCGUACAGCGGCCGCAUGGCGGGCGUGCGACCCGACAACGUGGCCGAGGUGGUGGCCGGCGCGCGCCGCCUGCAGCUGCCGUGCGCCGUGCAGCGCGCCACCGACGCCGUGGCUCCUCAGCUGAGCCUGGCCAACUGCUACGAGGUGCUGAGCGCGGCCAAGCGGCAGCGGCUGGUGGAGCUCCGCGAGGCGGCCUACCGCUUCAUGAGCGACCACUACCUGGACGUGCUGCGCGAGCCCGCCGUGUUCGGGCGCCUGUCGGGCUCCGAGCGCGACCUGCUGCUGCGCCGCCGCCUGCGCGCCGGCCGCGCCCGCCUGCUGGCCGCCGCGCUCGGGCCGGCCGGGGAGCGCGCGGGCAGCCGCCCGCAGAGCCCGUCGGGGGACGCCGAGGCCCGCGGCGACGCCGCCGUCUACUGCCUGCACGAGGCGGCCGGUGAGUGGCGCGAGCUGACGCGGCUGCCCGAGGGCGCGCCGGCGCGGGGCUGCGGGCUGUGCGUGCUCUACAACUACCUCUUCGUGGCGGGCGGCGUGGGGCCCGCGGGGCCCGACGGCCGCGCGCGCCCCUCGGACCAGGUCUUCUGCUACAACCCGGCCACCGACCGCUGGAGCACCGUGCGGCCUCUGCGCCAGGCGCGCUCGCAGCUGCAGCUGCUGGCCCUGGACGGCCACCUGUACGCCGUGGGCGGCGAGUGCCUGCUCAGCGUGGAGCGCUACGACCCGCGCGCCGACCGCUGGGCCGCCGUGGCCCCGCUGCCCCGGGGCGCCUUCGCCGUGGCGCACGAGGCCGCCACCUGCAACGGCGAGAUCUACGUGUCCGGGGGCUCCCUCUUCUACCGCCUGCUCAAGUACGACCCGCGGCGCGACGAGUGGCAGGAGUGCCCGUGCAGCAGCAGUAGGGAGCGCUCCGCCGCCAUGGUGGCCCUGGACGGCUUCAUCUACCGCUUCGACCUGGGCGGGGGCCGCGGCGACUCGCAGGCGGCCGCCGCGCCGGCGGGGGGCGUCAGCGUGCUGCGCUACCACUGCCUGGCCAAGCAGUGGAGCCGCUGCGCCGCGCACCUGCGGCCCCCGGGCGCGCCGUCCGGCCUGCAGCCCUUCCGCUGCGCCGCGCUGGACGGCGCCAUCUACUGCGUGAGCCGCGCGGGCACCUGGCGCUUCGUGCCCCCGCGGGACAGCGAGCCCGGCGCGGACGUGGGCGCGGGCGAGGGCGGCAGCUUCGAGCCCGCGCCGCUCCGCGCCCCCUUGGACGCCCGAGGCGCGCUCUUCCCGUUCGUGCUCAACCUGCCCGAGAAGCCGGACCGAGGCGAGGAGGGCGCCGCGUAGGGCGGGCUGGGGCCACCUGGGCAUCUCCCUCAGGGACGCCCCCCGUGGGCCGAGAUUCAAGUGGGGAGAGGGGGAGGGGGGGCGGGGAGAGAGAGAGUGGGCGCUGUCCGCGGGGACCACUGAAACGCUUAUAAGUUGGAAGCUUGUCGCGCGGCCUUGAAGAUUUUUCGCAGCGCUGUCUUAAGGUCUGCCGCCCCAUUCCGCGUUCCUUUUCGCGUCGCUUUGCUUAACGGGGUCGACGGUGUAAGCUGUGUGCAAAUAGGGAGCCUUACAAGGAUGACACGGGAUACCUGAGGGAGAAGGAAAAGGGCUGGGAAGAUUAGGCCUGGGGUACAGUGGGCGGGACACAGCGUGCCCGGGUGGGCGGGGGUGCGCCCGCGUCCUCGGGGGCACGUGCGCUCCCGGGCGGAGUGGAGAGCUGGCCGGACGUGAGCCUGCGCAGUAGCUGGCUCGGGGGCCACCAGGCUGCCGCGAGAUCCCUGAAGUCGGCCACCGUGAGCUGUAUCGGUGAGCCACCGAGAGAGGCCCACCCUGCCGUUGGGCCCCUUAUAACUGAUAAGUAGAACUCUUAAACCUUUUCUAAUUACUUAAAAAGCUCAUGUCAUCAUAAGCUCAAGUGUGGGUUGGGUUUGUUCCAGGUUUCGCAAGAAGGUGGGGUCUCUUGUCCAGCACCCAGCAGAGACGUUUCCCGUGUCUACCGCAGAUGCCACAGAGGGUGGGUCUCGCACCCCUCUCUCAAGAGCAGUUUAGGAUGCUUAAAUACUUUGAGAUUUUAUUUUUAAGUGGUACCUACCCCCAAGGUCCGGCCGGAACUCACAACCCAGAAAUCAGGAGUCACACGCUCUACGACUGAGCCAGCCAGGCAUCCCCUGACGGUUAAAUGUUUUCAAGUUAAAGGAUCUUAAUGAUUAUGUUUGAUGAAAUAGUAAUGAUUUGCUCUUUUUUGAAUCUGAGAUCUUUGGUGAAUGAGUGUUUCCCAAAGAGCAGAUCGUGAGUAGGGAAAGCUGACUGACAAGGACGCCUGUCUGUUGGAAGAGGAGCCUUUGAUAGACAGUGUCUGAAUAUUCUCAGCCACCUUCGUGUAUUAUAAUGGGCUCAAAGAAUUGAUUAUCUCUCCCUCCCAGAGAAAGAAGGUUAAAACCACUCCUUUUGAUGCUUCCGAAGACCAACAUGGAGGCACAUUUGGAGCCCGUUAUUUACGGUGUUCCCAAUAUAUGUUAUGUAAUUCUGAUGAGGGAAAUUAAUUUUUUAAGCAUGACUCUAAGAAAACAUAGCAGAGUGACAAAAAGCGUAUUAGCAUAGGGAAAAUAACAUCUACUUAAAGCAUAAAUAGUAAGUAAUUACGGGAGUUCUAAUUGAAUUCUAAAAUACCCUAGUAGACUUAGCGUGGAGCUCAGUACUUUGAGGGAUCACAAGCAUUAAAAACAAAUCGGCCAAUCCUCAUUUGUUAUAACAUUUUACUUUCCAGAUCGGUGUAGACUGAGUUUACUCCUUACUAAGAACUUAAGGGUACGAUGCAUGCUCACAAAUGGAGGCGAAGUGAUUUGGAUUCCGAACCCAAUCCACUCUUUGAUUAUGACGGGAAGAGUUUGCAUUGAAAGUCACUGGCAUGUAAUUAGAUGGAAUCAUACACACCUUAUGGCUCCUUACUUGUUCAUCCAGUGUUGGGGGUUGACCUCUCUGUAGCAAUAGUGGGUAAUUGGGAAACCGGUUAGAGUCUGUGGUUAUGAAAGUUACCGGUUAAGUAUGUUUGGAAAUGACCGGUUUCAUCUUGAUGCAUGUGCCAGAGGAAAGGAGUUUAUGGUUUCGGUUACAAGUUUAUUCUUUCUGGUGAUCUGUGUGCUUGCUCGUGACUCUGCUCACCAACCAGGAGGACUGCUUGGCAGCCUGGUUAAGCAUCUUAAGACAGACAGACGUCCUGUUGCCUGACUUUAUCGGUUUUUUAUAGGAGCAGAAUGCAGAAAUGGUAGUAGAAAGAGAAUUUAGAGCAAAAGGACACAAGGUUCGUUGAAAGAAAUGUAUCGCAGCACAUUUUUCUCUAGAACGUUCUUAUAUUUAUGCUAAAGCUUUUAUAUGACAUGGAACCAGGCUAAUAUUUUCUUUCCUUAAAUAUCGAAUUCAUGAAAUAUGAUCACUGUGAUUUUGCUUGAGAAACCAUUCCUGUGAUGCUUACUGUUCGAAAACAAAAUGCCACGGAAGGGGACUUCCGAACUAGAGUCACCCGCACAACGGGUACCGGGGGACUUGGGGAGCGUCGGGUGUCCGGUGCAGACAGGCUUGCAAUCACACACCCACCUGCAGCUCUGUAUUUUGUUUUGUGACUUGAUUUAAUAAAGAAGUGCUGGUCCUAGACCUUGCGGCGCUUCCAGGGGGAACUGGCCGUGGAGCCCUGGGGGCUCGUCCCGGUGGAAUGCCCGAGGACAUCUGGGGAGGCCUAAGGGUGAGUGAGGGCUGUAGAAUCUUCUGUGUCUUAUUUCUAAAUAGGAAUACCUCAUAAAAAUUACUGCAGGACCUGGAAUGCCAGGAGGACCAGUUGAUUUUGCUUUCGGGGGGCGGGUGGUAUUUGCAGGUGCAGCCGCACGGGUUUGUACUAGUCACACGAGCCAAAAAGCCAUCCCUCUGGGGUCGCCGAUGCGGAGGGUUGCGUGGGGAGGGGGCGGCGGGCAGUCCCUGCGGGGACUGGCCUCUGAGGGCUGUUGUCGCCAGGAGGGGUCUAUUCGCGUACCACGUGAUGUUCCGAGUCUGUACCCAGCACUGUGCGGGAAUGCCUUGGUGUUACUCGUUACCCGCGUAGGUGCAGACAUGCUCCUGAUGACCGAUCUGUCAGCGGCAAGUGAAGCCAGUGUCUGGAGGACAGCCAUCCACAGUUCUCAUACAAUUCAUCCCCGCACGCUGACAUUUCUACAGAUUUGAGAGAGCGGUGGCAUCGUCAGGGGAAACUGUGGUGGACAUGAAAGCUUGAUGCUUUGGUUGGUUACCAGUAAUGGUUUUGUACUGUCCGUCGAGGUUCAUUUGAAAGCCAGAGACACGGGCUUCACUUCCUGGGUUUUCUCUUGGUCUCGGGAACAGCCUCAGCACCGGCGCGGACGGCUCGGCAGCUUUCUGGAGCUGCGUCCGGGACCUGCUGAUUGGAGUUCUGCAUCUCUGGUGGCCCCUCUCUCUUUUUUUCUAAGAGAACUAGCCGAAGCUGUGGACAUGCUUUGGCUCCAGUGAAAGAUCUUACAGCGUGGGUUCUGCCGCAGACGCCUGAGAAGCGGAGCCCUCUGCUGUAUUUCUGUUGCUGUCCGCUGUUGCCUUAGUAAUGCUGGUAGCAGCCGCUUCGUCUGUGGGUCUCUCGGGUAACUUCCUGGGCAAGCUUUGGAAACGGGGUGUGUUGGAGGCCCUUUGCCGUUUUUCCUGAAGUCAAGGUAGUUUCUGGACGCAGCCGGCUGUGACACCUUGUGGGGGUGAAGUGUAAGCAAAGGUGCUGUGUUGUGUUGUCUUAUCUCAGAUGCUUUCCUGGCUUACAAAAUGUUUUAUCUGGGCAUUAACGAAACGAAGAAGACGGUGGCACUCACAAUGAGCACCCGGUCCGGGGGCGCCCGCCUCCCCGUCAGUAAGCAGUCGGCACUCGACCCGCACACGGGGAGAUGCCCGGCGGCCACCGGCCCUCACGCCCCACCUGCGGGCACAGCCGCUCUCCGCGUGCUCAGUGAAUCACUUACAAUGAGCUGAAGUGCAGGCUGGAUGUGUUCUCACGUGAUACCGAGGCUCCUCCAAAACUCUUCCAAGCCGCAAACAACUGCAGUGUGGCGUUGAUUAGAGACCCACCGUCCCUGCUCGUGGCCCAGUUCAGGCCAGCUGAUGCUUGCGUGCAAUUGAUGUAUUUAUUAACGCUUUGGUAUUCACCACCUGGGCACAAAUGCUGUAAAACCUUGUAUGUGUCUGCGUAUGCCGAGAUGAAAUAAACCAGCUCCUCAAGUCUGUGA